AUGGGGAAGCUGCAGCAAUUUCACACGGCAAUAUCAUGUUCAUUCCCGUCACUACUAACUGGCUUACUGUACGUUUGGCCUUCGUACACAUUGGGGCUGUAUACAGCUAGCGACACAGUACUUCUCACUGCUCCCAUGGCAGACUUGGAGAGCUCUUUGUUGGGGAGUCUUCCACCUCUAGGAGCUAUGUUCGGAACUGUUAUAGUAGGGUGGGUAAUAAGUCGCUUCGGGAGGCAGAAGGGCAGCACGCUGUUGGCAUUACCUUUCGUGCUGUCCUGGGUCAUGAUUGAUCUUUCUUCCUCAUCAAUCUCCAUCCUGGUGGCGAGAUUCAUUGGUGGUAUCGGAUGCGGCUCAGUACUGGUCUACUCUCCCAUUUUCAUAUCCGAGGUAGCCGAGGAGUCAAUCAGAGGGACAUUAACAUCAGUUCCCAUCGCCAUGUACUGCUUAGGAGUGCAGCUUUCCUACAUUCUUGGUUGGGUGCUGACCUAUCGUUACAUACUGUGGGUUAACCUGGCGUGCAGCAUUCUAGCAGUUGCCCUGAUAAUGACGGUGACAGAGAGUCCAGUGUACUUACUGCGCCAGAACAGAGAGGAGGAAGCUAGACUGGCCAUAUCCCAUUACAGGAGUGAAUCGUCGACGUCCAAAGUAGUUUUGGAAGAGCUGUCUCGGCUUAAGCAACAGAUAACGCCUGCCGUUGAAUUGAUCGAAAUGGACAGUGAUGACAAUAUACAAUCGGAGGAAGCGGAGAAGGAAAAGCUCAACAUGGAAAACCAUACAAAGGCAGUGAAAGCAAGAAUGUCCUCUUUUAAAUUACUGUUUACGUCACCGUCUUCACGUCGAGGUUUCAUGAUAGUCAGUUUAGCACUGUCUCUGCAGGUCAUGAUAGGAAUGGUAGCAGUCCAGGUGUAUGCAAAGCAGAUCUUCAGUCAGGCGGCGCCGAGUCUGUCGUCUCAUUUAUGCUCUGUGGUGUUCGCUCUGGUUAUUUUCUUUGGGAGUGUUGUUAGUCUAGUGGCGGCUGACAGAUUCGGUAGGAAGUUCCUGCUGAUAUCGUCGUCUAUAUCGGUCGCCCUCUGUCUCGUCGCCAUGGGUGUGUUCCUACAAACUAGCAUAGUGUCACCCUGGGUGACUGCGCUCCUAAUCUUGGUUUACUGCUUCUUCUUCAUGUAUGGGGCUGGUAGCGUUCCUUACGUGCUGGUGGCGGAAUGCUUCGUGCCCGAGGUGCAGAGCCUUGCUUCCAUCCUUCUCAUGGAGUGGGUCUGGCUUCUGAAUUUCUUCAUAAUCGGGGUCUUCCCCUUCAUGAUCAAAUAUUUCGGGAUUCACGGCUCCUUCUACGUGUUCGCCUUUUUUGCAAUUCUUAACAGUUUGGUUGGACUUUUCCUUCUGCCAGAAACGAAAGGGCUAACAAACGAACAGAUACAAGAGGCUCUGUUGAGGAGGAAGAAG